ACAGUGGUCAAGUGAAAAACAAGGCGGACUGAAGUGCUUUUGAGAGCAUCCCGAGACCUGAGUCAUACUUUGUGACGUCACACCGGCAGCGUGCACAGCUGCCGCUCUGUGAGGAAUGUGUAGACUGUGCUGAUGGUCGGGUGGAAAGGAGCUUGAGCUGGAGCGGAGCAGAAAUGCCGUCUGCCACUUCUCUGGGAUUUCUCUCAAACUCGUCCAUACAGCUGUCUGUCUUUUAACUGGUUCCCACUGGGAGGACUGGAAAAAACACCCAGACGACCUGCAGACAAGUCUUAAAAGUCUGCCAGGAGAGACCAGCGCGGGACAAAACGAGCCCAAAAUGCCUUUAAAUGUGGCAAAGCUUCUCCUCUUCGGGAUUUUUUCGCUUUCGAUCAGUUUGACGAGCGCUGGCAGUCAAAUACGAGCCCCACUAGCAAUUGUCCGCCCUGGGGGUCCUCAGGGGGGCCCGCCUAUGCGGGGCUCGGAGCCCUUGGUGGUUGCUGGACGGGCCCAAGGCGUGCACCUGUCCCAUGAGGAGAUCCAGAGACUGCGCUUCAGGCCCACUGUGGGCACGAUCCGCCUGGCAGAGGGAACUGAGUGCAAAUUCAACUGCUCCAUCGACUACCGUGACAUCGGACAGGAGCUGAGCAUCAUGUGGUAUAAGGAUGGCAGAGAAAUCCCUGAUGGCUUGCAGGCGGCAGUUUACAACCAGGGAAACGUUACUCUGCUGUCUUCCAUCAGUAUUAAGAACGUCCAGCGAGCAGAUGCUGGCGAGUACCACUGCAGACUGAGCGUCAGUAACAAAGUGAUUGAGUCAAAUUCCGUCAUUGUGGAGGUGGAGGGUCCGCCAACUUUCACCAAGCAGCCAAAUGAUGUGAAUGUAACACGGAACACCUCGUUCACCUUGACCUGUGAGGCGGUAGGUCCCCCAAGCCCUGUUAUCAUCGAGUGGCUUCACAAAGGCCACAAGAUUAACCAAACCGGACACUCUCCCAGCACUGUCACUAUCCAAGGUGUGGAUGCACCCACCCAGUACAGCUGUGAGGCGCACAAUGCUAAAGGAGUCAGUGUGUCUAAAGAGGCUCACGUCAACAUUAAAGGACUUCCUGCCAAGGUGUCAAAGGUUACUGUGGUCAGACGGGAAGCAAACAAGCUCUCCCUGAGCUGGAGUCCUGGACACGAUGGCUUUUCUCCUCUCACUAUGUGUCAUAUCACGGUGAGGGAGCUGGACAGAAAGGUGGGCAGCCCCACUGGAGCGCACAGCGCCUCAGUCCCUCCGUUCUCAUAUAACAUUACUGGCCUGAAGGCCAUGACCUGGUACAACAUGAGCGUGUCCUGCAGCAAUGAGAUCGGCCCCUCGCCCCCAAGCGCCUGGGUCCAAAGCAACACCACUGAGGGAGUGCCUUCAGUGGCCCCUCAGAACGUGAGUGUUCAUGUAAAUGAGUCCAUGCUGGUGAUACGAUGGAAGCCUCCUCCAGCCGACAAGGUGAACGGAAUCCUGCAGGGAUAUGACAUCAACAUCAACGAUGGGAAACACGUGAAUAAGAUUCGCAGUAUCUCAACAGAGGCAGCGGUGGCCAUGCAGGUGUUUAACACCACAUACAGUGUGGAGGUGAUGGCAUGCACACAGGCCGGCUGUGGAGUCAAAAGCUCUCGAUACUGGUUCUUUGUCCCUGAGCUUGAUGUACCUCUGUCCCCCUCUUCCAGUCCAGACACGUACGGCUCAGACUCUGUGUAUGUCGUGUUAGGAGUGGUUUGUGGCUUCUGUCUUCUGCUUGUGGUGAUGUUUGGGGCCAUAUGCCUGCGUGGCCGGAUACUCGAGACUCGACUAGGGAGACUGCUUGGAACUGGAGAAAAACUUCCGACCAUCGUGGAGUACAGACCUCAGAGGUCCUACAAUCGGACAGCCAUCGAAAUGACGCUUGCGAAUUUGGGGAUCCGUGAAGAUCUUCAGGCCAAACUUCAGGACGUGAUGAUCCUGAGAAACCUGCUGUCCAUUGGAAAAGUCCUCGGAGAAGGGGAGUUUGGCUCUGUGAUGGAGGGCCACUUGAAGCAGCCAGACGGAAGCUGUGAAAAGGUUGCAGUGAAGACCAUGAAAUUGGAUAAUUUCUCUCAGAGGGAGAUAGAGGAGUUUCUCAAUGAAGCUGCCUGCAUGAAGGACUUUAACCAUCCUAAUGUCAUUAGGCUCUUAGGAGUAUGUUUAGAAGUAGGUCCAGGCCACUUCCCCAAGCCAAUGGUCAUUCUUCCAUUCAUGAAGUACGGAGAUCUCCACAGCUUUCUUCUUCGCUCCCGGAUCGGAGAAAGUCCUCAGUAUCUACCCACACAGACUCUGCUGAGGUUUAUGAUCGACAUAGCAAUGGGGAUGGAAUACCUCAGCAGCAGAAACUUCCUCCAUCGAGAUCUCGCUGCACGCAAUUGCAUGCUGCGUGACGAUAUGACAGUUUGUGUGGCCGACUUUGGCUUGUCGAAGAAGAUCUACAGCGGAGAUUAUUACAGACAGGGUAGAAUAGCCAAGAUGCCUGUGAAAUGGAUCGCUGUGGAGAGUCUGGCAGAUCGAGUCUUUACUGUGAAAAGCGAUGUGUGGGCGUUUGGUGUGACCAUGUGGGAGAUAGCCACUCGAGGCAUGACUCCAUACCCAGGUGUCCAGAACCAUGAGAUUUAUGACUACCUGCUGGAAGGCCACAGGUUAAAGCAGCCAAACGACUGCUUGGAUGAACUGUACAGCAUCAUGUUCAGCUGCUGGCGCACUGACCCCAUGGACCGGCCAGACUUCACAAAGGUCAGGGAGAUGCUGGAGAAGCUGUUAGAGAAGCUCCCUGACAGCUCCAGCAGGAACAACAUCAUCUACAUCAACACCAGCUUCCCUGAGGAAGAGCCGCUGGCAGAGACAUUGACGGAGGGCCCGCUCCUCACCUCCUCGCCCUCCUUCAGCCACCAGGCCACUGACCUGUCCGUUGUAACGGCAGAAGUCCACUCUGCCGCAGAGGAGGACGACCGUUAUGUCAUUGUUAUCUCCUCGGAGGAUCUUGCUACUGUAGCGGAGAGUAGCACUCCUCUUUUACCCGAGGACAGCCGGGAGCCAGACAGCAUUGGGGGAUUAUCAGAAUUCCAGCAGUCCUCUAGUGACACGGCACAUUUGCUCUGAGACGUGAAGAGGCUCAACACAAGGGGCAAACAAUGCUACACUGCAAUAAAUGACAUCUUAACAAGUGGAAUCAUUUCA